UUCGGCUCCAGCCGAAGGCAUUGCUUUCGGCUCCAGCCGAGAUCCGUUGUGUGCGAAAUGCAUUUCCUGUUGGCCUCGGCCACGGCGGCCGCUGUAGCAGCUGUCCGCCAAGACUUCUCCAAGCAUGCGAACCCGACUUGCGAGCCUCUGAGAGGGUGCGAGUGCUGGGAGAACAAGGUUUGCAGCUCGUGCUCCUUGAGCUCCUGCGGCAUUGAGGGCGUAAAGGCGGCCUGGCCGCUGUCCGGGGGCACCAACCGCCUGGCGCCGCACCUGGCGGCGGCCUAUGGGCUGCGGGAUUCGAAGGGCCGGAAGUGGGCGCUGAAGUUGGGGGACCAGGAGGAUGGCGGCUACGACAGCUCCGUGGAAGCUUCGCAGCUCGCGCACCGCUUGGAGAUCUAUACCCCAAGGGUGCUGCAGAUCACGGAGGCCUCCUGCCCCGGAGUCUUCAAGAGCCCUGCCCUGGAGGAGGCCGUCGAGGAGUUCCGGAAGAGUCGGCACACCGCGCUGCUGCAAGAACUCGUGGAGGACGAGCUGCCCUGCAGCACCAGCAGAAGCUUUUGGGUGCAGGCCGGCAACAUCGCCAUGUUCGACUGGCUCACAGGCAGGAACGACCUCUUCAACGACUUGCUGAAGGACGGGGUGGCAGCCAUGGCAGACAAUCUGGAGACCAACCAGGACAACGUGGUGGAGACGCCGAGUCACCUGGCGGAGAUCGAUCUGGGCUUCGGCACCCCCUGCUGCCUGCAGGACUUCCAGCAGAUCUUGCGGGAGCUCCAAGAGGGCCGAGGUCACGUGGCCUGGGUGCAGAGCAACGUGCUGGUGCUCCUCUGCGAAGGCAAACAUGGCGGCCUGGGCUCUGGCAGCUGCGCGUCGCACUUUGGGCAGUACAACGCGCAUGCGUUGAGGCCCAAGGCCUGGGAUGGGCGGCUCUCCAGGACACAGAUCGACCUGGGAAUGGCGCAGACGGCCUGGCAAGCGCUGCAACUCCAAGGCAGUGACGGAUGGCCGUUCCCGAAUAGCACCAUGGACAUGCUGAAGCGCUGGGGGCGAAGGACGGCCCAAGAUGUCGCGGAAAGGCUGCAGAAGCAGGAGGCAUCGAUCCUCGCGGAGCUGCGGGCAGAGAAGCAGCAGUGCUGCCAGCUGCACUGCGAGUACCAGGGAAGAUUUUGGAGGUGGAAGGAUUGUGGCACAAAACCCUGGAGGACCAUUAAGGCAGGGGAAAAGUGCAACAUCCAGCUCAAUGCAAGAUCCUCAAUGCUGCAGUGCUCUCCAAUCUGCAAACCUGGCAAAGAGGUGCGUGCCAAGGUGGUUGUGACAGAGGGCGCGUGCUCAAACUGAGGGAGAAAAGCACUGGGUAUUUCCCCAACUGGUGGGUGUGUCUUAAGAUUGUGGACCC